AGUGAAUGAUAAUUGAGCCCCGAGGUGAUAGCCUAGACCUACCACUCUCCCGCGUGUUAACCUGUUCCAAGCUUGACUCCAGCUUGUUCCACCAGUUAAGCUGUUGCUGUGGUGAUGUUUCGCUACUUCAAGAUCGGAUUGAUUCUUGAGAGGCGUCAUUAGACUUCUCAUUCGAAGGAUAUUAUACACAGCAUUACAAAUAAAAGAAACAACGAUCUGUGAUCUCACGUGUGCCAAAUCUUAUCUCCAAGUGAUACCACCGAGUGGCCAUUCUUCUAAGUCAAACAUAGGGCUAUACUUGCGAAAGGUGCCAAGUUAGAAACAAGAUAAACAAACAAAUAAAUAAACAAAUAAAAACAAGCCACGGAAAAGUGAUCGUCAAAAAUUAAGAAAAAAGAAAGAACAAAAACAGAAAAAGGUAAACAAACGUCUUCAAAAUCCUCGAGAAACACUUGAGCAGCGGCGCUUCUCUUUCUUCUUCUUCUUCUGCCAAUUUGGAAAAGGUCUUGACUUUCAGCUUCGCAUCUUCUUAUAAUUACAUCUCAAACUCCUCCUCUUCUCCUACUUCUUCUUCUUGAGUAACCUUUCGUAUCACCAAAAUGGCUGGCGAAACCAUCGACGAACUCAGCGAGAAGAAACACAAGGAAGACGAGGACAAGACAUGUCGGUGUUACAAGCACCUCGAGAACAAGGGCCCGAACGCGCCCAAACCAGAUGAUGUCGAAGGCGGCGCCUCCCUCCAGAAGUCCACCUACUACACCAGAGUCUCCACAGAGUACAGCAAUCAGCGCAUGGUGAAGCCUGGUAAACGCCCCGCGAAGAAGGGCUUCACCACCCUCAGGGACGAGUGCCUGAAGGCCAACAGGCUCUUCGAGGAUCCCGAGUUCCCUCCCAACGACUACUCCAUCAACUUCGACGGCGUCACCAGGAGGUCCUACGUGUGGAAGAGGCCUCAUGAAUUGGUCAAAGACGCCCAUCUCUUCGUGGAGGGUGCCAGUCGUUUCGACAUUCAGCAAGGUGAACUGGGUGACUGUUGGCUUCUGGCCGCCAUAUCAAAUCUCACCUUGAACCCUCGACUGUUCCACGUAGUGGUUCCAAGGGACCAGAGUCUUAACAACUAUUAUGCCGGGAUAUUCCACUUCAGGUUUUGGCAAUAUGGCAAAUGGCAAGAUGUGGUCAUUGACGACAUGUUGCCCACAUACUGCGACCAGCUUGUGUUCAUGCACUCCAAGACCAAGAACGAGUUCUGGUGUGCUCUCCUUGAGAAAGCUUAUGCCAAGUUAUACGGCUGCUACGAAGCCCUCAAAGGAGGAAACAUCAACGAGAGCAUGGUUGACCUGACAGGGGGCGUGGUCGAGAUGAUUGACCUGAGGAACCCACCCAGUAAUCUCUUCAGCGUCAUGAGGAAGGCCUACAGGAGAGGCGCUCUCAUGGGAUGUGCUAUUGAGCCUCAGAAUCCCAACAUCCAAACCGAGGCCGUUCUGACCAACGGCCUUAUAGUACGACACGCUUACUCGGUGACUCGCGUCACUUGUGUCGACAUUGCAUCCGCUGCUCCAAAAAUGAAGGCCAAUUGCAGCGACGGCCCGGUCGACGUCGGAGGUCUUCAAAAUGCCUUUGGGAGCAUCCUAAAGCCCCUCAUGGGUCUGAUUAGCCCCACGGGGGCCGAAAAGGCUCCCAGCAGUGUCCCUUCGAUGGGUCCCACCCUCGCCAGCAUUUCAAAUUUCAACCUUAACUUGGCGUUCCCGGACGGCAAGGCCGAGUUGGUUCGCCUCCACAACCCUUGGGGAAACGAGGCAGAGUGGACAGGCUCCUGGAGCGACAAGUCCCCGGAAUGGGGGACAAUCGCCCCUGAGGACAGAGAACGGUUGGGCCUCACCUUCGAUGAUGACGGGGAGUUCUGGAUGAGUUUCCUUGAUUUUAUCAGGAACUUCUCGACCGUGGAAAUUUGUGAUGUGACUCCCGAGGUGUUCGACUUGGGUGACGAGGACGACGAAGAAGCCAACACAUCCGAUAACAUCCUGAAGAGGUGGCAGAUGGUUAUGUACGAAGGGGCGUGGGUGUCCCACCACUCUGCAGGUGGCUGCAGGAACUUCAUUGAUACUUUUGUAACAAACCCCCAAUACACGGUUGUCCUGGAGGAUCCUGACGAAGACGACGAUGAUGACCUUUGCACCAUCGUCAUCUCCAUCAUGCAGAAGAACGUCCGUCAGCUCAAGCGAUACGGAGCAGAUUACAAUCCUAUUGGUUUCACUGUAUACAAGAAACCGGAUGAUAAGCAGCUUGGUGAGCGCCUCGACAAGGAAUUCUUCAUGUACAACAUGAGUGUAGCCAAAGUGAAGUUCUUCUUGAACACCCGAGAGGUCACAGAACGCUUCCGCUUCCCCCCUGGAGCCUACGUCAUCGUCCCAUCAACCUUUGAGCCAGAGAUGACAGGAGAAUUCCUCCUGAGAAUCUUCUAUGAAGCCAAGAGGUUGAAAAUUACCAAGUAGGAUGUUUCAGAUAUUAAUUUUAUUUCCUCUUGGGAAAGAAUGCCAAGCAGUUAUACUCGUCAGACAGAUCUGUCUUGCCUCACUUAUCCCUCAUUCAAGGAUUAAUGAGUGUUUGGCAAAAAGGAUCUCUGAAACCCUAGGCCAUAUCCUGGAUGCCAGUACCGAGAGAUGAACAUAUCAAUAGGAAUGAAAUAACACAAACCUUCCCCCACUGUUCUGGUGGAAUUAAACCUUGUUACCAAAUACUUUUCCUGAGAAAUACCUGCCUCUGUUAUGUCUUGAGACAUAAUCUAGUCAGAGUGAUUUAGGUCAACUCUGUCCACUGUGAUUUUAUGUUAAGACAUUGAAAAUUCCACGGAAGUCUUUCACUUUCAUUCAGAAGGAUUUAAACCUGCUGAAGUGUUGAGACUUGUAUUUGGAAACUGUAUUAUAUGUGCUUCUUUCCAAAACAUAUGUAUGUUUUACAGUAUUUUACUGUGGAAGAUGAGAUGGAAAAUAUAGCACAGAUCAUUUCAUUUGUGCCAUCCUCAAUUUUAGUGUAUAUCUUCCAUGUGCUCAAAGAAACCAAUCCCUCAGGUUUUCUUGUUGUUUAUCAUGUUUUGCUUACCCUUGUAAAUGAGGUGCAAGUACCGUAUGUGUGAUAUUUAUGUAUUGUUGUGAAAUAUUUGUAUGUUUUUAAAAUAAAUUUAAUUUUUCA